AUGGCACCAACAAAGCAGGAACUCUCCCUGCUAAUCAACCCCCCUCGUCCCCGAAUCAGUUCAACACAACAACCGCGCCUCUCAGCAGGAAUCCUAGCCCUGCAAUCAACCUACGGCUUCGCCUUCUACUUCCUAGGCACAAUCUUAGUCUCAGGACUCUUCCACCUAGUCCUAAUCCACCGCUCAAACGGCGGUGGUGCGGGCUCCUUCUUCCCGGGUAGCAAUGCUGGCGAGAUUGAGGGUAUUGUCGAGAUGGAUGACAAGAGUAAGGUUGUGAAGAUGCAGCUUGGUGGGAAGGCUGGUUCGAGGCGCAUUUUGCGCAAGGGUGCUUGGAGGGACGUUUGGUUUGGGGGUGGUGUUAUGAGUGAGGCGCUUAGUGGGUUUGUGCUUGGGUGGGCUGGUGUUGGGGGUGUUUUGAGGUGA